AUGUCCCUCUGGAGCAUUGUGUCCCAGCUGCCAGCAGAGCAGUUCUGUGGCCUCUUUGCAGAGUUCCCUCGCAGCCUGCGCUGCCUCCUGGCUGACUGGCUGGAGAACCAGCCCUGGGAGUUCAUCAGUGGCUCAGAUGCCUUCUGCACCAGCAUGGCCAGGGGGCUGCUCUCAGCCAUGGUGGAGAAGCUCCACAGCAUUGCCAGCAGUGAGGGGCAACAGGGGCAGAUCCUCCAGCAAGUCAGCAGCAUCGAGAACAUCUACCGGCAGGACCCUCUGCGCCUGGUGGCCGUCCUGAAAGCCAUCCUGGAGGGGGAGAAGGCUGCGGUGCUCAAGAGGGACCACCACCUGCCCCUUAGCUUCCACCGGCGCCAGGAGGAGCUGAAGUUUGGGCUGGGGCUGCAGCGGCUGCAGCACCGCAUCCACGAGGUCCAGGCACUGCUGGAUGGCCCCAGAGCCUCCCCGCAACUGAAGACAGAAAUGAAGCCCCUGGAAGAUCUACCCAGCCUGAUCCUGGAGGCUGUGAAGGAGCUGGAGGCAGCCAAGCAGCAGGUCCUGAAGAGGAUCCAAAUCUGGAAGAGGCAGCAGCAGCUGGCAGGGAAUGGAGCCCCCUUCGAGGAGAACCUGGCCCCGCUGCAGAAGAGAUGCGAGAGCCUGGUCGAGGUUUACUUCCAGCUGCACCAGCAAGUGAUGGCAGCCAGUGCAGAGCUGGGACCUGAGCUCCUGCCCAGGCUGCUGGAGAGGUUCGAUGAGGUCCUGUCCAGCCUGGUAAAGAGCUCCUUCCUGGUGGAGAAGCAGCCCCCACAGGUGCUGAAGACCCAGACCAAGUUCCAGGCCAGUGUCCGGUUCCUCCUGGGGCCGCAGCUGCUGAAGGCUUCGGCCAAGCCCUACCUGGUGCGGGCAGAGAUGGUGACAGAGAAGCAGGCACGGGAGCUGGCACUCAGCACCAGCAGCAGUGUCCUGAGCGAGAGCACCGGGGAGAUCAUGCACAACGUGGUGGCCCUGGAGACCAACCCCACCAGUGGCACCUGCUGUGCCAACUUCAAGAACGUGCUGCUGAAGAAGAUCAAACGCUGCGAGCGGAAGGGCUCCGAGUCGGUGACGGAGGAGAAAUGUGCAGUGCUGUUCAGCACCAGCCUGGCACUCAGCCCUGCCAACCUCUCAGUCCACCUCCAGACCCUGUCCCUGCCCAUCGUGGUCAUCGUGCACGGGAACCAGGACAACAAUGCCAAGGCCACGGUGCUGUGGGACAAUGCCUUCUCCGAGAUCGACCGGGUGCCCUUCGUGGUGGCCGAGCGAGUGCCCUGGGAGAAGAUGUGCGACACACUGAACCUCAAGUUCAUGGCAGAGGUGCAGACCACGAAGGGGCUGCUCAAGGAGCACUACUUCUUCCUGGCCCAGAAGAUCUUUAAUGACCACAAUGCCAGCUUCGAGGACUUCCAGAGCCGCAGCGUCUCGUGGGCCCAGUUCAACAAGGAGAUCCUUCCUGGCCGGGGCUUCACCUUCUGGCAGUGGUUUGAUGGAGUUCUGGACCUCACCAAGAGGUGCCUCAAGAAUUACUGGUCAGACCGGCUGAUCAUUGGCUUCAUCAGCAAGCAGUAUGUCUGCAAGCUGCUGAGCACCCAGCCCCAGGGCACCUUCCUGCUGCGCUUCAGUGACUCGGAGCUCGGCGGCGUCACCAUCGCCCACCUCAUCCGUGGCCAGGACGGGUCCAGCCAAGUGGAGAACAUCCAACCCUUCUCUGCCAAGGACUUGUCCAUCCGGUGCCUUGGGGACCGCAUCCGUGACCUGGGGCAGCUCCGCAACCUCUACCCCAACAUCCCCAAGGACCAGGCCUUUGGCAGCCACUACAACAAGGAGCAGAUGGGCAAGGAUGGCCGCGGCUACGUCUCUGCCACCAUCAAGAUGACAGUGGAAAGCGAAAGGGAUCAGCAGCUCCAGAGUGCUCCAGGGGCAGCCCCAGAGCCCACCCCAGCGUUCAACCUGCCCCUGCUGCAGCCUGAGAGCCUGCAGUCAGUUCUCAGCCCCAUCUGCCCCCCUGCUCCCUUCUGCCCUCAGCCCAUCCCUCCAGGCUACCCCACAGCUGAGAGCAACAUCACCAUGAUGGGCCCCGAAGGCCUUGGAUCCUUCCCCAGCACCUCACCGAUGCUCUCCCCGUCCCUGCUCCCAGACCCGGCGCUGCCCCAGCACCCAGACCUCAGCUUUGGGAACCCCAUGCCCUUCAUGCCCAACCAGUACCUGAGAGAGGAAGCCCCACAGAUGCUGCCUGGAGGCCCCUCUCAGGAGCCUGGGGACGAGGAGAUGCCUGAGCUGCCUCCAUUCCCCUUGGAGCCAGCCCUGCAGAGCUCCCCACGGUGGAUGCCACCCAGCAUGGACCUGGUGCCUGGCCCGGACUUGGACUCCUUCCUGGGCAUCCCCCUGUGCCCCCCUUUCGUGCCCUCCCCGCAGCGCAGUGGCUACCCCCCCCCAAGCGCUGCUGCCUGGGGGCUGGGGGAGGCUCGGUGGGACGACAGCGUCCGGCCAGGGCAUGCCUGA